AUGAUUUCUCAUAUAAUCUUCUUUGUAUUUUUUAUUUCUUCGACUUAUUCAAUUCAUAUUUUACAUUCAUUACCAUCGAUAAAUAUUGAUCCAAAUAAUUAUCCGAAAUCUGAUUUAAUUCUUCAUGAUUUUCGUCAUCAAUUUCACUCAACCCAUGCAUAUCGUUGUAUUUUACAAAAAGAAUCAAAAUAUUUCUAUUUGAAUCGUUCUUGUCAAUUAUUAACUCGAACAUCAUUAAAACAACUUUGUUCGUUUAAUACAACACUACAAUUAGAAAUAAUAUUUCCGAAAAAUACAACCGUGUAUGAAUUAAUUAUAAAUUCAAAUCAAACAAAUUGUAAUAAAAAUCAACUGUGUCAAUUUGAAAAAAAUCCUUAUCGUAUUAAAUUGAAAGAAAAUGAAAUCCAUAAAAAUUUUCUACAAUUAAAAACAUUUUCAUCAUGUUUAUCAUCAAAUUAUUUAUUAUCAUCUACUAAUGCAAAGAAAAAUUUUGAUUAUUUCUCUUUAAAUUCUUCAACAGGCUAUUUAUCUUUAUUACAUUCAUUGGAUUAUGAAACAAUUACAACAUGGAAAUUAGUUAUACAAGGUCACGAUAUGCAUCAUAUACCAUUCUAUACAUAUGUUAUUAUUGAUGUUGACGAUAUGAAUGAUUGCUCACCAUUGCUGUCAUGGAAUUUUCCAUUACAAACAAUUCAGAUAAUCAAUGAUACGGAUUCAUUUAACAUUGAAAUUGCUAUUGAUGAAUCAAAUGUUGAACAAAGCAAUAUAAUUAUUGCAAAUAUAAUUGCAUCUGAUCUUGAUUCACCAUUAAAAUUUGAUUUAAAAAUAAAUUCAUCGGAUAUUUUACCAUUUACUAUUGACGGUCCAUAUGGUGAUUCAACAUAUGUUUUAUUAACAAACAGUAAACUUGAUCGAGAAUAUAAAGAUAAAUAUAUUGUCAAUUUAAUUAUUAAUGAUAGUGGACAACCAAUGUUAACAUCGUUUUAUCAAUUAAUUAUUAACAUAUUAGAUAAUAAUGAUAAUGCACCAAAAUUUGAUCAACAUAUUUAUUAUGUUGAUAUACAAGAAAAUAAUUUUAUUAAUACAACACUGUUGCAAAUAUUUGCAAAUGAUUCCGAUUUAAAUGAUAAUGGCCGUGUUACAUAUGAAUUAAAUAAUGAAAAUAAUAAAUAUGUUUGGAUAGAUAGUCGAACAGGAAUUGUUCGAGCGAAAAUCCAAUUUGAUUAUGAAGAAAUGAAAAAUUUUUCUUUUAUUGUUACUGCUCUGGAUCAUCCUAGGAAUGGGCAACAAUUUAAAACAACAGCAACAGUAUUUGUUAAUAUCAUUGAUCAAAAUGAUAAUUUUCCGGAAUUUCCUAAACCAACGUAUGAAUUUUCAAUUUAUGAAAACAAUGAUCCUCAUAUUUCUAUUGGACAAGUAACUGCUGCCGAUGCUGAUAGCCCAUUGCUAACCUAUACUCUCGAUAAUCCAUCAAAUGAAAUAUCAUCUCUUUUUUAUAUAUCAUCAUCUGAUGGCACAAUCUAUGUUCAAAAUUCACUUGACCGUGAACAAUCUGAUCAAUAUAUAUUUUAUAUAAUUGCAUCCGAUGGUUACCAUACAUCAUCACGUAUUAAAAUUCAAAUAAACGUCCUCGACUUAAAUGAUGAAACUCCACGAUUUAUAUUUCCAAAUAAUAAUAAUGAUACAUUAAUUAUUGAUCGUGCAUAUUGGAAUAUGAAUGAUUAUAUAUGUCAAAUAGAAAUUCAAGAUAAUGAUCAAAUACAAACUCAUACAUUAUUACUUAUCUAUCGUUCUGAUCAGCUGAAAAAUUAUGAUUAUUUAAUUAAACAGAAAAAUACAAUUGAGUUUGAUUCAGGAAGUUUUUUUCUCGAUCAACAAAAUAAACUUUUUUUUAAUGCUACAAAUGGUACAAUUCUAAAUGAAGGAGUUUAUUAUUUAGCAUUUAAAAUUGUUGAUGGAAACAAUUAUAAUGAUGAGAAAUUAUUAAAAUUAAUUGUUGUUAAUGAGUUCGAACAUCUUGAAACAAUUAUUAAACAAUAUGAUUACCUUGGUUUACAUUUAAAUAAUCGUUUAGCUUAUUUACAAUAUCAUCGAGCAAAAUCCGUUCAUUCCUCAACUGUGAAUGAAUCAAAUAGGGUUGUUCUUUUGAUUAUUUUUGUUAUUUUAACAAGUAUUCUCAUUGGUAUAACAUUUAUAUUUAUUUCAUUAAUAAGACGUAGAACAUUUAAACAAAAAGAAUUAUUAAAACAACAUGAUUCAAUAUCAUCACGUUGCCAGCAACAAUCGAAUAAUUCAAUGAUUCAUACGUUAAAACCAUCUAAUCAUAACAAUAGAAAAGGAAAUCUACAUGUUACUAAUUGUUUUGAUUAUAAUGAUUCAGCAUUACUUAUGUUAAAUAAAGAUUUAAUAACAUCGGCAUCGGUUGCUAAUGACAAAUGUUGUUUGUUGGAAACAAUAAAUGAAAAAGAAAUUUAUGAUCAACAAAAAAAUAAGACAUAUUCAUCGUGGGUAUUAUCAAAAUCAAAUUAUCCUGAAGCUCAUUAUUCACAGCGUAACACUGAUCCAUCAACAUUUAAUUCAUUUAAUCAUAUUUCAAUUCCAUCUUCAUCAAAUUUAUCGAAUGAAUUAUGUUCACCAAAAAGACAUUCAGUUACUCGAGUACCAUCUGAAUAUAUAGUUCCAAUUACGACAUCAUCAACAAAUCAUUCUUCACACACACCUGUCAGUUCUGAUGAUGGAUUUUGUGGUUCAUCCGAUAUAUCAGAUCGUUCACUUUCUACAAGGAAUAAUCCUUUAUUAUCAUCAUAUCGACAAGCAUAUUUAGCUAUGAAAGAUGGCAUUAGAAAUAAAAAUCAUCAUUCAUCAUCGUUUACAUCAUUAACAAAUGGAAUAGAUACGACAAGACGUGUUCGAUUUAAGCUUGAAUCGGAAAAAUCCAGGACUCAUUUAUCUGAUCAUAGUUUAAGAAAAUUUGAACAAAUGUAUUUGACUCAAGAUAAUAUUUUAGAAAAAAAAUCAACUAAUUCAACAGUUGUCUAG